AUGGCAGAGAUACAGACAAAUGGAAGGGCGUAUGAGUCACUAUUGGAAAAGGUUCUUUCGAUGAACAUUCUUUCCUCUGACUAUUUCAAAGAGCUAUAUGGUUUAAAGACUUAUCAUGAGGUAGUUGAUGAAAUCUACAACCAAGUUAAUCACGUGGAGCCAUGGAUGGGUGGAAACUGCCGUGGUCCUUCGACAGCGUAUUGUCUCCUGUACAAAUUCUUUACCAUGAAAGUUACAGUGAAGCAGAUGCAUGGGCUGUUGAAGCACACUGAUUCUCCUUAUAUUAGAGCGGUUGGAUUCUUAUAUUUAAGAUAUGUUGCAGAUGCAAAGACGUUGUGGACAUGGUACGAACCAUACAUUAAAGAUGAUGAGGAGUUUGCACCAGGAUCAAAUGGACGAAUGACAACAAUGGGUGUUUAUGUACGUGAUUUGCUUCUUGGACUGUACUACUUUGAUACUCUGUUUCCACGCAUUCCUGUUCCUGUCAUGCGCCAGAUUACAUCAAACCUUGAGAAGAUGAAUUUACCAACGAAACCAUCUGGUUCAACAGGAGACAUGACUCGUGGCUCUGAAGACACUGCUCGUCGUCCACCAUCAGUAAAAGCAUCACUCUCUGUUUCAUUUGGCCAGCGUGCACCUCACCGUGCUUCCACCAGAGGCUCCUCUCCUGUUCGCCGUCCUCCACCUUCUGGAUAUGACAGAAAUGGAGGCGAUGAACCACAACAGCGCUCCCCACGUAGGAGUCAGAGCCGAGACUAUUCUGACAGAGACUCAGAUAGACAACGGGAAAGAGAGAGAGACAGAGACAGGGAGAGGGAGAGGGAGAGAGAUAGAUACAGAGAAAGGGAGAGGGAUUAUGGUAAUGAUAGGAGAUCGAGGCGUGACUAUGAAGGUAGAAGCAGACGCAGUGAUUAUGACGAUGAUAGAAGCAGACAUGACCGGAGAAGCAGGAGCAGGAGCAGAAGUAGAAGCAGGAGUGUGCAGAUUGAGCGUGAGCCGACUCCAAAGAGAGAUAUUAGCAGCAGCAACAAGGAGAAAUCGGCUGUGACCAUGAACAGCAAUCUUGCAAAGCUAAAAGAUCUAUAUGGAGAUGCGAGUAAUCAGAAAGGCGAUGAGGGGAUUGGAACAAGGAGGGAUUCAAGUUCAGAAGAAGUGAUUAAGCUUGGUGGUUCUUCUUGGAGGUGA